AUGACACUCGAAUUACCCGCGCGACAGACGUUUACAGCCCGUAGGGGCAAUGUAUACUCAUACAUCUUCAUCCCUCCAACCUCCCAAUCCACAACCCUUCUCUUUUUUCACGGCUUUCCAUCAACCCUCACAGACUGGGUCCAUCAAAUCCGACACUUCUCAUCCGAGGGAUACGGUGUCGUGGCCCUUGAUCUGCUCGGCUACGGUGAAAGCAGCAAGCCAACAGAUGUAAACGCGUACCGCCUUAAGCCGAUGGGCGAUGAGGUCAUCGAACUUCUCGACCAUCUGGACCUCAAGACCCUCGUUGGAAUCGGCCAUGAUUUCGGCGCGACGCUCCUAUCAAGAAUGGCAGCUUAUCACCCCUCACGCUGGGAAGCACUCGUAUUUCUAGCCGUCGGACCGCCAAAGCUGGGGACGCCAUUCGACGUUGACAUGAUCAACACCAUGACCAAGCAGUUUCUGGGGUAUGAGAUGCUCGGAUACAUCCCGUGGCUAGCCGAAUUCACCUCGCAGGAACUUCUCGAGAAGAACGCGGAAGCAGCGAUGAGUCUGGUGUUUUGUCGCGAUCGGGAAGAAUGGGAGACGUGGUUCCAUCCGCUUGGCAAGAUGGAGGAGUUUGUGCGUCAAGACCGCAGACUUCCCAUUGCAUCGUGGUAUACCGAAGAUCUGCAGAAAGCACACCUCAAGGCGUUUGGCUCGAAUGAUGGGUACAAAGGCGUGUGUCGAUGGUAUCGCAUGUGGAAAGAUAACCUCUUCGCCCCAGACGAACAAGGCUUUGAAGACUUUCACAUCUCACAACCCGUUCUGUUCAUUGUCCCAUCAGACCCCGAACAAUCUGCCACCCAACAACAGCAAAUGCUUUCAUCCUGGGCCCCCGAUCUCCAGACCGUCAGCCUAAACACCAGCCACUGGAUCCAUAUCCAAGCUCCCUCCUCAACCAACACUACAAUCCAAAACUUCCUCCUCACGCAGGGAGACUUAACUGCUCAGGCCUCAACCAAUCAAACGUAUCCAAAAGAUCAAAAUUAA